UCUUGUAGGUAUUUCAUGCAUGGGGUUUGCAAGGAAGGGAACAACUGCCGUUACUCCCAUGACCUCUCUACUAGUCAGUCUGCCAUGGUGUGCAGGUAUUAUCAGCGAGGAUGCUGUGCUUAUGGCGAUCGUUGCAGAUAUGAACAUACCAAGCCACUGAAACGGGAAGAAGUGACUACUGUGACUCCAGCUGCAAAAACUUAUCCUUCAGCAUCCUCAGACCUCACAUCACUCCCUGAAACACUCGAAGCAAGCACUGGUGAGACAGAAAUUGAAAAUACAAACCUGGCAGCUGCAGGAGUAGGUGCUGAAGACUGGGUAAAUGCCGUAGAGUUUGUCCCUGGGCAGCCAUACUGUGGACGUGCUGCCCCUUCCUGCACUGAAACACCCUUGCAGGGAAUGGUGAUUGAGGAGGAGUAUGAGAAGCAGCAAGCAAAUGUGGAGAUGAAGAAGCAACUGUGCCCCUACGCUGCAGUAGGAGAAUGUCGUUAUGGAGAAAACUGCGUGUAUAUCCAUGGGGAUGUGUGUGACAUGUGUGGGUUGCAGGUCUUGCAUCCAGUUGAUGCUGCACAGAGAUCCCAACACAUAAAGUCUUGCAUUGAAGCUCAUGAGAAGGACAUGGAGCUCUCCUUUGCCGUCCAGCGUAGUAAAGACAUGGUGUGUGGGAUUUGCAUGGAGGUGGUGUAUGAAAAAGCCAACCCCAGUGAGCGCCGUUUUGGGAUUCUCUCCAACUGCAACCACACUUACUGUCUCAAGUGUAUCCGCAAGUGGAGGAGCGCUAAACAAUUUGAGAGCAAGAUUAUAAAGUCCUGCCCAGAAUGUCGGAUUACGUCGAACUUUGUCAUUCCAAGUGAGUACUGGGUGGAGGAGAAGGAAGAGAAGCAGAAACUCAUUCAGAAAUACAAGGAGGCAAUGAGCAACAAGCCCUGCAGGUAUUUUGAUGAAGGCCGUGGGAGCUGCCCAUUUGGAGGGAACUGUUUUUACAAACAUGCAUAUCCUGAUGGCCGCCGAGAGGAGCCACAGAGACCGAAAGUGGGAACAUCAAGUAGAUAUCGGGCCCAGCGGAGGAAUCGGUUCUGGGAGUUCAUCGAGGAGAGGGAGAAUAGUGACCCCUUUGAGAAUGAUGAGGAUGAGGUUGUGACCUUUGAGCUCGGCGAGAUGUUGCUCAUGCUUUUGGCAGCUGGUGGUGACGAUGAGCUGACAGACUCCGAGGACGAGUGGGACUUGUUUCACGAUGAGCUAGAAGAUUAUUAUGACUUGGAUCUAUAGCACCUGUCAGUGGAGUUUGGACUGUCUGCUCAGUUUCAGGCAGUAGCUAUUUCCUGUGGUGUUGUGGCAGUGCCUGUGUUUCUCCUAGGCAGGCCUAUCAAUUCCAGGUGCUGUUGUAAUAACUUUUACCCAGGGUCUGUCUCCUUCCCCUGCCCCAGGAGUGUUUGUUUUCUCUGUUUAAAACAAAUAACAAGAAAUAAAUCUUUAAAAUGUUAGUUUUUGUAAAAUGAAUUUAACUGUCAAACAGUUAGCUUAGGUUUGUUGCUUCAUCUGUGUACCCAAGAGGAUUCACCCAGUUCCAGGGUUAAAGUGUUUACAGGACUUCCACACUCAUCUUGAAGAGCCCAGAUACAAAAAUGAGCAGUGACCAUGUAGUGGGGGAUGUAAAUUGGCCAGUGGCCUUUUUCUGCUAUGGACUUUGAAUCGAUACUUCAGGCCAGACAUACGUACUUUUUUUCUGGCUUCAGCUCUGUUCCAGCCCCCUCAUGUACACGUCUUCAUUUGUGGUUUUGGUCUCUUGUUUACUUGCACAUUACUAUUACUACUGUGUAACCAGAACCAGGUGCAAAUGUUCCGGGUUUUUACUGUAUUUAGCAUGAAAGGAAAAUGUCUUUGUACGUGAAAGGAGAACUUUCUAUGUGUAUAUACAAAUAAAUGCAGAGUUGGAUCUCAAAGGCUGAGAGACUCUGUGUUCAAAAAAAGGAAAACAAAAAAU